AUGGAAGCAAUUACAUGGCUUCCAUUAAUGUUUCUAAUUCUGUGCUCUGUGAGAGGAGAAUUUCUUCCCAACAUUGGUGCUCACUUGAUGAAUUGCAUGGAGUCGGACCGAGAAGCUCUCAUUGACUUCAAGAAUGGCCUUCAUGAUCCUGCAAACAGGCUUUCUUCAUGGAAGGGAAGCAACUGUUGUCAUUGGUGGGGAAUAAAUUGUGAAAACACUACUGGAGCUGUUAUUGCAGUUGAUCUUCGAAAUCCACGUCCAACUUAUAAUUACGAUGAUGAAUCUCUCGACAGGUAUGGAUUCUGGAGCCUCAGUGGGGAAAUUAAACCUUCAUUGAUGAAAAUCAAGUCCUUGAGGCGUUUGGACUUGAGUUUUAACACGUUCAAUGACAACCUAAUUCCUGAUUUUUUUGGAUCUUUCAAAAACUUGCAAUAUCUGAACCUCUCUCAUGUUGGGUUUAGUGGUGCGAUUCCGUUAAAUUUAGGGAACCUUUCUUGCUUGCAGUAUCUUGAUGUUUCUUGUGAUGAUAUUUGGGAAAGGUCUAGUUUAUUUGUUGAUAAUCUAAAAUGGUUAACAGGUCUUAUUUCUCUAAAGCAUCUUGUGAUGAAUGAAGUUAAUCUUUUAAUGGUAGGAUCAUACUGGAUUAGGCAACUGAAUAAACUCCCAUCCUUAACCGAGUUGCAUCUAUCUUCUUGUCGCUUAUCUGGUUCCAUUCCACCUCCUACCUUUUUAAAUUUAACUUCAAUUAUUAUCCUAGAUCUUAGUGUUAACCAAUUCCUUCCAAAAGUCCUCGAUUGUCUUGUCAAUGUUAGCAGCCUUGUUACUUUGGAUAUGAGCAAUAAUUGGUUGGAUGGAAGAAUUCCACUUGAUUUUAGUGAACUACCAAAUUUGCAGUUUUUAUAUCUGGGAGCCAGUGGUCUUUCAGAAAGUUGUCAUCAAAUGUUGGGGGGACAAUGGGAGAAGAUACAAGUCCUUGACUUCGGCGGGAAUGAUCUCCAUGGGAAACUUCCUUCUUCCAUUGGAAACAUGACAUUUCUCAGUCACUUAGAUCUUUCUGACAAUAGUGUUGACAAUGGGAUUCCAAGCUCAAUCGGAAAACUUUGCAAUUUUAUUUCGUUAGAUGUGUCUCGUAAUUACAUCAAUGAAACUUUACCAAAAUUCCUUGAAGGAAUAGAAAUUUGCCUUUCUAGGAAUCCAUUUCCUAUUCUGCAAUCUUUCGACUUGUUAGAUAAUUACCUGGUUGGUAAUUUACCGGAAUGGUUGGGUCACAUUGAGAAUCUUGUUGAGCUUGAUUUGUCCUUUAACUAUCUAAAUGGUCAAAUCCCAGCUUUUUUCGGAUCAUUCCAAAAUCUUUCUAGGGGGCCACUGCCUAGUCUGCAAUAUUUGGACUUGUCAGAUAAUUACCUGGUUGCUUCUUUCGGAUCACUCCAAAAUCUUUCGAGGAGGCCACUACUAAAUCUGCAAUUUUUGGACCUGUCAAACAAUCAAUUGGUUGGUAAAUUACUAGAGCAGUUGGCUCAGCUUGAGAAUCUUGUUGACCUUGAUUUGUCCAAUAACUCUCUAUAUGGUCCCAUCCCAACUUCUUUUGGAAUAUUACAGCAAAAUCUAACUAUUCUGGGUCUAGGAGAGAAUGAGCUAAACGGGACCCUCCCAGAAAGUUUGGGACAGCUUUCUGAUUUGGAGUACUUUGAUGUUUCAUUCAAUAAAUUGACAGGUAUAGUUACUGAAGCACAUUUUUUAAAGCUAAAAAAGCUAGGGCAUUUAGAUCUAUCUUCAAACUCUUUCACCUUGGAUGUCAAUUCCAACUGGGUUCUUCCAUUCCAGGUCUCUUUUCUUGGAAUGGGUUCCUGCCAUUUGGGACCUUCAUUUUCGACUUGGCUCAAAUCACAAAAAUAUGUCGAGCAUUUGGAUUUCUCAAAUGCUAGCUUUUCUGGCUCCGUACCUGACUGCUCAAAUAACUUCAGUGGUUCUGUUCCUAUUCCAAGUGGCAGCUUUUACUUACUCAAUCUAUCCAAAAAUAAAUUUUCUAGUAAUAUUCCAAAUAAAUGGAAUAUUACCGGUGGUACCUUUGUUUUCCUUUCUAUUGCUAACAACCAGAUAAAUGGAGAAAUUCCUGCUUGGAUGGGCAACAUUGUUCCUGGACUUAAAGUCUUUGAUCUUUCCAAUAACAACUUAAUAGGAAGUAAUCCAUCAAGCAUUGGAAAUUGUUCUGGUCUUGCUCCACUAGACCUUAGUAAUAACCAUUUGUCUGGAACCAUUCCUACCUUCUUGGGUCAAUUAAGUGGGCUUAAAUCAUUGCACCUAAAUGACAACAAGUUCCAUGGACAGCUCCCAUCAUAUUUCCAAAACUUAUCGAGUUUGGAGACCCUAAGUCUUGGGAACAACAGAUUAAAUGGUAGCAUUCCACCAUGGAUUGGGAAAGGCUUUGAAAGUCUAAGAAUUCUUAGCUUGAGGUCUAAUUCCUUUCCAGGAGAACUUCCGGCUUUGUUAUCAAAUUUAAGUUCAAUACAAAUCCUAGACCUAGUAGAAAAUCAGUUGACAGGCAGUAUUCCUGCUAGCUUUGGACAUUUCAAUGCUAUGUUACAAGCCCAAAUCAUUAACCGUUAUCUGUGGUAUGGGGCUGCCAGUAUUUACCAAAAUGCCGGAUAUGGGAAAAAUACUAAUGGCUACAUAGGUAGCAUGGAGUUUGGCAACUACUAUGAAAGCUUUGUUGUAAAUAUGAAAGGCCAACUUCUAAGAUACACCAAGACCCUCUCUCUUGUAACCAUGAUAGACCUCUCAGGGAAUAACUUGAGUGGAGAUCUUCCUAUAGAGAUGACAAAUUUGUUGGGUUUGGUCGUUCUCAACUUGUCAAGAAACCGUUUCACUGGUCACAUUCCCAAGAGCAUUUCGAAGAUGAAGCAAUUGUCUUCUCUUGAUCUCUCGCGUAAUGGGUUCUUCGGUAAAUGUUGGCCUUUAUUGUAA